AUGCUCGCACCGAUACGUGCCCCCCUCUCCUAUCAUGACACAGCUGCAUCGCCCGCCGACAUUCCACGUCUUGCCGCACCAACAGCAGUCCCAUGCCUGGUUUUUGGUCUCAAAGGGACAGUCUGCAAGCGGGCACUUGGGAAGCGUGUAGCCAGACGGGGGAGGGUAUGGGAUGGACUCCUUGGUGGUGUUGCUGCAGGUGCGGCGGUGCAAGAGACCGACCACGCAGUAUCUUAUGUGCGUUGA